GCUGUAAUCAUGUGAGGAUAAGGACUAACCCGUCUAUGAUUCUGAUACAUGUCCUUGUGAGUUGUGGUGCUAGAAAUAUUGCAGUGUUACAAAUAGUUGCUUUGUAGUUGCGUCUUCACCUAGGCUAAAGUUUAAACAUGGCACUAUGGCUCGGGCAGGCUAGUAAUAUCCACUUACCCUGGCGAUAUUUUCACACCUCUCGCACAGUUCUCUUGUCAGUCUUGUGGCUCGCAGAUACAGUGACUUGUGUUCAGUCAGACUUCAGUCAUGUCCAUGAACACAUCAAUGAAACUAUUCUUUUUCUCCAGUGCAUGUGCCUUGGCUUGUAAAUUUAGUGGUAGCGUUGCAUUCUGUUGGCUGUCUGUCGUGCACAAAUAAUGAUGUGUUGUCGUCCAGCCGCUCCCAGUGUCUGCGGUAGGUCUACCAUUACUAGCAGACGGCGUCCAUCGCUUCCUAUCGCGCUAAUCAGCAGAUUAAUUCCACACAGUCGAACUGGAAGUAUCAGUUGUGAGUAGUAGGUCUACGUCGAGGCGGUGAUAGUCUGGAUUGACGUGUGGCGAAAUCUGUGAUGGUCAUCCGCUUCAACCAGCUGGCGUUCGUGUUGUUCGUCAUCCUAUCCGCAAGUUUCUAUGGUGAUCGUCGGUGGGUGGAUGCGCAACAGCCACAGUGCCGUCUGCUCUCCAACAGCGACCCCGAAGUGAAACGUCUCAUCUACACCUAUCCCAGAACACUGCGCAGAAGUGGCGAUGUGGAGCGCGGUGAAACCUGGAUGCUCAUAGUUCUUAUUGUGUUCGUUGUGGUGACUGUUGUGCCUCCGCUUCACUACCUGCUCGCGUACAUGCUCCGUUACUGGAGCAGGAAGUCUGGCCGACGAGAAGCCUGGCUGGAGAAACACUCGCCGUAUCGGCUGGAAUCUCCCGAGCACUGGGGCAGAGAGUCUCCUGAAGACGGUGCGAGCGCUGAGGAAGACGACCCGCACGACAAUGUUUCAAUCUAAAACACAGUUAUUUUUUGUACCAUUAUCUGUAUUGUACUGUUCUCUGUAGCCUCUCCUAGUUUCCCGUAUGCAGUGUGCUGCUGCCUUGAUCUGUUAGCCCAGUACAAUCUCCUUGACCUGCGUUGCAUUGGAUUUAUCGCUCGAUCUACAUACAAGAAUCAUACUGACUUUAAUUUACGCCCUGUCUGACAGAAAGAAUUAUUUUCAAAGGUCA